CUGGUGUUGGAGCUUGACUUUGAUGAAGAUGACGAGAUACGAGACAGCAAUUAUAAAUAACGCCAGUAUGGCUAACAAGGCGCCGGAUUGUGCAAUCACAUUAAAUUCGGCUAUCGCUGCCAGCAGAAAGAUCACAACAACGAACCACGUGACUAUGCAGCAUGCUACGUACAUCCGGGGAUCACUGUUUCGAUGACGUAAUGGCCAGACUGUUGCGAACAUGCGCUCCAGGGAGAUGAGUGUGAGGGUAAACAGGUGAACACCGGUGAGGACCACGAACGUACGGAUGGGAGCACUCAGGGGGUUAUCAGACGAUCUGGGGAAAAACUGGAAAUCCCCAUCUAACGUCACGUGACUGAUAUCAAUAUUAAUGAGGUAGUUGCACAUCAUUGGUGAAAAAACAGCUCCGUUGAGUGCGUCAGAGAUGGCGAGAUUGAUCACCAGGAAUAACAAGACUAAAGAAAAUCGCCUCAGUGGUAGAAAAUCCGAUGGAAAUAGCUGUUUUUAUGAAACUCGGUAUUGGGAGCGUAGACUGGGAGUGAUUGAUAGGAAGUCUGUCAAGUGCUAGCUCUCAGCUGGACAAAGAGAGAAUGCUGUAUAAACUCCAGGGUAUCAGCUGGUGCAGCUUGCGACGCCUUCAAGCUAGCGAAUACGACUAACAUUUCAUAUAAGCUGUAAGCCUGCGAUGGGUCUGCUUGGUAUUUUACUGUUUAGUAGUUUGACAAUCUGCGUCUUACCGGAACUCGGCUCCACGUGUGGUCAACGUCCCGGUUGGACCCGAAUCGUUGGGGGACAUGAUGCAGCACCUCAUUCAUGGCCCUGGCAGGUGUCGUUACGCGAGGAGCUAGGACAUACAUGUGGAGGGACCUUGAUCGCUCCUGAGUGGGUGGUGACUGCUACCCAUUGCAUAAUCAUGAAUCCUUCGCCAAGUAGCUACACCGUCGCGUUGGGGGCUCACAGAAGAUUGAGCUCCAACACUGCCGAACAGGUCAUUAAAGUCAAACGAAUAUUCAAGCACAGCGGUUUCUCCAUGUGGAGGUAUCGUGAUGACAUCGCUCUGCUUCAACUUGAGAGACCCGCGCAGCUGAACGACAGGGUCAACGUUGCCUGUCUCCCCUCCCCUGGGGAUGUGCCGCCUGUAGGGUCCAAGUGCUGGCUGACGGGAUGGGGGCGACAGGUAGACAGCUCGGGACCCCUCCCUGAUAUCCUCCAGCAAGCACGAAUACCCAUCGCCUCUCAUGAGGACUGCAAGCGAAAGUACGGCUCGGGGAUCUACAGCUAUACUCACUUGUGUGCCGGGGAGGCGAAACCCAACGCUGCGGGAGCCUGUCAGGGGGAUAGUGGAGGACCUUUGGUCUGCGAGCGCAAUGGACAAUGGACGCUUUAUGGAGUCGUGAGCUUCGGCGCGGGAAACUGUGAAGUGACCAGCUACACGGUGUACACUAAAGUCAGCAAUUAUUUAGACUGGAUAACGAAACGGGCAGGAAAUCUCGGAGUCGUCGGUACAUAUCCACCUCUCAUGACGUCACUACCCCCGGUAACCACCAGGCGAACCGCGGAGCCAUCGACGCCGAAGCCAACUUCCGCCCCAACAAAACCCAAUCCGACAACAAGACCAGACUCGGGUUGCGUCGAUAAGGCCACUAACUGUAAAACUGCAGUGUCCAUGUGCUACAGCCCCACCGUCAAACGAUACUGCGUAAAAACAUGCAGCGCAUGUAAGAAAAAGAGAGAUGAGGGCAAAGAUGAUGAUAAAGCUGGGAGAGGGAAAUGCGGUGGCAAGGGGGAGUGAUGAUUUGUUACACCGCAAGGUGGAGGUUGAAGAACAAGCCAGGGACAGUAUUAGAAUUAACAUAAAGAUGUCAAUAAAACACACAUCAAACUUCAAA